AUAUAUAUAUAUACAUGACUUCUACUUGAUAUUUUCUGAAUUUUAUUACUUUAUCUAAAGACUUUCUUAUUCAUCAGCUCAAGUUUAAAGCUAAGCAGGGGAAGGAAGAUGGCACAAAUUCUGCUACAUGGUACUCUUCAUGCUACUAUAUUCGAGGUCGAUAAAAUCCAUACUAAUUUUGGCAAAGAACUUUUCAAUAAGGUGGUGCAUGGCAUUGAGGGAGCAAUUGGCUUCAACAAGACAGCCUCAAGACUAUAUGCAACCAUUGAUCUUCAAAAAGCCAGAGUUGGCAGAACAAGAUUGUUGGAUGAACACAAAAAUCCGCGGUGGUACGAGUCUUUCCACAUUUACUGUGCUCAUAUGGCUGCAGAUGUUAUCUUCACUGUCAAAAUUGAUAAUCCAAUUGGAGCAGAACUCAUUGGUAGAGCUUAUUUGCCAGUUCAAGAACUACUAGAUGGAGAAGAAGUUGAUAAAUGGCUUGAAAUCCUCGAUACAGAACGAAAACCUGUGCAUGGACACUCUAAAAUUCAUGUGAAGUUGCAGUUUUUUGAUGUCACAAGGGAAUAUAAUUGGAAUAGAGGGAUUAAAGUCACAAGAUUUCCUGGUGUUCCUUACACAUUUUUUAGUCAAAGACAAGGAUGCAAAGUCACACUUUACCAAGAUUCUCAUGUUCCUGAUAACUUCAUCCCGAAAAUCCCUCUUGCCGGUGGAAAGUUUUACGAGCCACAACGAUGCUGGGAAGACAUAUUCGAUGCCAUAACGAAUGCAAAGCACUUGAUUUACAUAACAGGAUGGUCUGUAUAUACUGAGAUCACUUUGAUAAGGGACACAAGGAGGCCUAAACCGGGUGGAGACUUAACGCUCGGGGAGUUGCUUAAGAAAAAAGCUAAUGAAGGUGUGAGAGUUCUAAUGCUGGUUUGGGAUGACAGAACAUCAGUUGGUCUGUUGAAACAAGAUGGACUAAUGGCUACUCAUGACGAAGAUACUGCUAAUUUUUUCCGAGACACUGAAGUCAAUUGUGUGUUGUGUCCUCGAAAUCCUGAUGAUGGACGGAGCAUUAUUCAGAAUAUAGAAAUCGGGACAAUGUUCACUCAUCAUCAGAAGAUUGUAGUUGUGGAUGGUGAAAUGCCUAAUGGAGACAAGGAGAAGAGGAGAAUUGUGAGUUAUAUUGGUGGGAUUGAUCUUUGUGAUGGUAGAUAUGAUACACAAUUUCACUCCCUUUUUAGGACAUUGAACACAGCACAUCAUGAUGAUUUUCACCAAGCAAAUUUCACUGGUGCAUCAAUACAAAAAGGGGGACCAAGAGAGCCUUGGCACGAUAUACAUUGUCGAUUAGAAGGGCCAGUUGCUUGGGAUGUACUCUACAAUUUUGAACAGAGGUGGAGGAAGCAAGGAGGAAAGGACUUGCUUAUAAACCUAAGGGAUAUCGACAACAUUAUCACUCCACCUUCACCUGUGAUGUAUUCAGACGAUCAUGACACGUGGAAUGUUCAAGUUUUUCGAUCAAUUGAUGGGGGAGCAGCUUUCGGCUUCCCUAAUGUUCCUGAGGAGGCAGCAAAGUCUGGCCUUAUAAGUGGAAAGGACAACAUCAUUGAUCGAAGCAUACAGGACGCGUAUAUUAAUGCCAUUCGUCGAGCAAAGCAUUUCAUCUACAUCGAAAACCAGUACUUCUUAGGUAGCUCUUUUUCGUGGUACUCUAAUGAUAUCAAGGAUGAAGAGAUCAAUGCUUUGCACUUGAUCCCAAAAGAGCUGUCUUUGAAGAUAGUGAGCAAAAUCGAAGCAGGGGAAAGGUUUACGGUUUAUGUUGUGCUUCCAAUGUGGCCAGAAGGACUUCCUGAGAGUGGAUCUGUACAAGCAAUACUGGAUUGGCAGAGGAGGACUAUGCGAAUGAUGUACACCGAUAUAAUUCAAGCUCUAAAAGUAAAGGGAAUUGUAGCAAAUCCAAAGGAAUACUUGAGUUUCUUUUGUCUUGGCAAUAGGGAAACAAAGAAGGGAGGAGAAUAUGAGCCUUCUGAGACACCAGAACCAGAUACGGACUAUCGUAGAGCUCAAGAAGCAAGGCGUUUCAUGAUUUACGUCCAUGCCAAAAUGAUGAUAGUGGAUGAUGAAUACAUUAUCAUUGGAUCAGCAAACAUAAACCAAAGGUCAAUGGAUGGAGCAAGAGAUUCAGAAAUAGCAAUGGGAGCUUACCAACCAUUUCAUUUAUCAGUAAAGGAGCCAGCUAGGGGUCAAGUUCAUGGCUUCAGAAUGGCAUUGUGGUAUGAACACUUGGGCAUGUUAGAUAACAGUUUUCUUUAUCCAGAGAGCCCCGAAUGCAUCCGAAAAGUGAACCAAGUUGCUGACAAAUACUGGGAUAUGUAUUCAAGUGAGAGCCUGGUUCAUGAUUUGCCUGGCCACUUGCUUACUUACCCUAUUGCUGUCACUGAAAAUGGAGAGGUCACUGAACUACCUGGAACAGAAUACUUCCCUGACACCAAGGCUCGAGUUCUCGGUACCAGAUCUGAUUUUCUUCCUCCCAUUCUCACUACUUAAUAAGCUCACUGGGUUCGAGCUCUGAGAAUGAAGUACUCUUUGGUAGGGAACGCUAAAACCCCUAUAGGGAGCUUUCUAUGGCACGAAUCCACAUUAAUCGAACGAGUGAACUUCGAACAUAGGAUGAUUAUACCAUAAAAAGAAACAAAAAGGUGCUACUAUAUUUUUUAGCAUACACAGCAGUUUAUGUAGUUUCAUUACCGGUUACCAACUUGCCACUACUUCUUGUACUUUCUGCUGAUGAUGUUACUGUCAAACCAAUUGAGUGUUACUAGUUUAUUGAGAUAACUUCUGAAUCCUAAGGUUGUUCAAGAAUUGCGUUUCAGUUUACAAGAGAAUAAUUAUGUAACUAUUUUAUCCAUGUGGAUGAAACUCUUGAAAUUUUAUUCUUUUGUUAGACUCCAA